AUGACAACUGUUUUAGCCGUCGUUUUCCACAUCAGAAUACAGAAGUUCACGGAAGCACGCUGUUUCUUUGAUUCCCACAUCGCAAAAAUUGAAGAACGAGGAGAAGCAUUGCAAAACAAAGAAACACCCGCACCAAAGAACUUUAAGCGACGAAGUGCAAUACGACAAACAUGGGGCAACAAAAAACUGUUGGGCAAAUUGAAAAUCAAAUUAUUAUUCGUGAUGGGUGUAGUCGACAACCGUCUUCUAAUGGAUAAGGUCAAAUUAGAAUCUAUCCGUUACAAUGACAUAUUACAGAGUGAAUUCAUCGAUACAUAUCGAAACUUAAAUUCCAAAGCAAUGGCAGCGUUGCUCUGGAUCGCAACAAACUGCCACAAUAUCUCAUAUAUAAUGAAAACAGAUGAUGAUAUAUUAGUCGAUAUUUUUCAAGUGGUAAAACAUUUGAGAUAUCUACAACAGUACAAGUAUGCUCGGGAAAAAUUUAUAUUGUGUAAUGCAUGGGAUGGAAUGCCAAUCGUUAGAGACAAAAGAAGUAAGUGGUAUGUUUCACGUGAAGAAUAUUCUAAUAACCUCUAUGACGUUUAUUGCUCGGGGUCUGCUUAUAUCUUGAGCCCUGACAUGCCCGUCCGUUUACUCAAAAUUGCAUUAAAAGUUCCGCGUUUUUGGGUCGAUGAUGUUUAUGUAACUGGUAUGCUGGUCAAUGCAUUAGGUAUAAAACAUACCUAUUAUAAUUCGCUCUAUCAUAUAAUGAUUAUUGAUUCCUUGGAUGAGAUUUGGAAGGACAUCAAAAGAAAGGUAGUUUUUUACCAUAUACCUUAUACCGAAAUUUUUUACAAACUGUGGAAGAUAUUAAAUGAACGCAUGAAUCAUUCCGGUGCCACGAAAAAUAUUUUGAAAUAAGAGAACUUCUGGACAUUGUUGAUAAUUGUAUUUUAUAUACGCCUCGUCCGAUACAAUUAUUAAUACACGUGAUUAAUACCAAUUACAGGAACAAUACCUGUAAGUGAGUUGCAGGGUGUUAGUAAAUGAUAUCGAGCCCAGGGUUUCCUGUUUACUUACUUCAAUAGAUCCUCAAAAGAUAGUAACCAAAUUAGAUCAUGGCACAAUUUGAACUCAGAACGUAAAGACGGCCAAAAUGCCGCAUAGCGUAUUUGUCUCUCGGGCUAAUGAUAUUGUCUGCUCACCAAGUAUACGUAAAUAUUAUUAAUAAUAAUUUGAAUAUAAUAAUGAGUAAAGAAGGUAUAAGGGCAGUGUAAAAAGGGGUAAGAACAUUUAGUACAAUAAUUUACAAAUUUACAUUGGAUUGGUUAAUUAAAAUUUACGAACACUACAUAUUCAUCAAAUGAGAUAUAGUAAUAUUAAUUAUGCAUGCCAAUACCUGGA